AUGCCUAGUUAUCUUUUAGCUGCUUUUCUCUUAAUAUUUGUCCUCGGCUGUAUUCAUUCCAGCGAACUUAAUCGUGAAAAACGGUGUGCAACUUGCUGUGGUCCACCGCCCUGUUGUAACUGCUGUGGUUUACCAAAAUGUGGUUUUAACUUCAAUCUAACUGACUUAAUUAAUCUAACUACGGAAUCAACCGUAGUCACAUCAACUGUUUCCACUCCGGUCAGCCGUGUCACCCGACCUCCAAUGUGUCUCACGUGUUGUGGAAAACCACCUUGCUGUAAUACAUGUGGACUCGAUAUUAAACUGAAUUAA